AUGGCGCGCACGAUUCCACGGUGCAAUCUUGGCAGUUGGAUCUCCCUGCUGAUUCUACUGGUGUUUGUCUUAACGGGACAAGUCGAAUCUUCCAGUCCACAGGGCAUUGCCGCCACAGCAGCAAGCAGCAAUAACGGCAAUAGACGGUUUUGGAGAAGAAUCCAGAGCAAUACCAUUCAGAAUGUUGGAGAUGAUGAGGAAGAAGAGGGCGAGGAACACGAACCCCUUGAUCGGAAUCAGAGAGAGCAAAGACGUCGAAGAGGUAUCUUGAAGACUCUGUUUCCACCGAGAAAAACAAAAGCUGCUUCUUCUGAAGUGAAGGUUCCAGAUGGGGGCUUUAGAAAGCCAACUUCUGGUAGCACAAGGAGACGCCCCAAUCCACUCCGAUUCAUGUUUGGACGUUUUAGAAGAACCAAACAAAAAGGGUCAAGCCUUAAUGGCCAACAACGUCUUCGGAAUGAGUAUGAAGCUCCCACUGUGGCUCCAGCAGAGGAAGAUGAAGAAGAUGCAGAAAUGUUUGAUGAAGUUGUGUCUUCCGAUUCGUUUAGUGAUGACGAAGAUGAAGAGGAUGAACUAGCCCGAGAAGACUAUGCCGGGUAUGACGAUUGGAGUGAGAAAAUGGAAGAAAUGGCACGCAAACAGCUCAAUUCACUCAAGGAACAGAGGCGCAAGUUCUUGGAUCAUAUUGCCCUCAUCUCAUCUUCUUUUGUCAAGAAGGAAUCAGCUGCAUCUCUUCUUAGCGAUGACACCACCAACAACAACACGAUAGUCCACAAUGACAAUGAGGUCACUCCACAAACAGACCUUUCUUUGCCGGGAAGACACUUUCAUAUUGUCACAACAGCGGCGUUGCCAUGGAUGACGGGAACUGCCGUCAAUCCUCUUCUUCGAGCUGCCUAUCUACACCGGAGAACACAACGCAUCAACAAUCCACCCCAACACAAGCAACAACAACAUGUGGAAAUCAUUUUGGGAGACUCGGAUGAAGAAUCUGUCAACUACACAACCACCUCCACAAACAACAAUGUUACUUCUAGAGCCAUUGCCCAGGCAACAAUUGGAGGGACCAGCAGAAACGCAUCACCCCAGCAACAGUGGGUCACACUAGUUAUCCCAUGGCUAGAACUGGAAGAAGACCAGGUGGAGCUAUACGGACAAGUCUUUGAAUCUCCGCAAGCACAAGAAGACUACAUUCGAGCAUGGUUGGCAGACAAUGCGGGAAUGCCGGAUGUAGCCGACAAAGAGACUGGCCUGAAACUAUUAUUCUACCCUGCGCGAUACCACUCAGGAUUGCGCAGCAUCUUUGCCAUGGGUGAUAUUUGCAAACUCAUUCCCCCCGAAACAGCCGAUGUCUGUGUCCUGGAAGAACCCGAGCACUGCAACUGGUACAGAGCACCCGGGGAUGGAUGGACGCAAAAGUUUCAUUAUGUGGUCGGUAUCGUCCAUACCAACUACAAGGAAUACGCGUCGGCUCAUUACAGUGGUUUGUGGACGGCGCCCGCAAUUGCCAUGGUCAGUAGCGCCAUGGUUAGAGCCUAUUGUCAUCAAGUCAUCAAGCUGAGUGAUGUUCUGCAGACGUUUGCUCCAGAGAAGGAAGCAACAUCCAACGUGCAUGGUGUGCGAUCCGCCUUUUUGGAAAUUGGAUUGGCAAGGGCAGCAACCACGACAUCAACAACUGACAGCGACGAGUCCUGUCCGGCCAAUCCUCAAAACUCGACAACGGCAGUGUACUUUAUUGGAAAGCUGUUAUGGGCAAAGGGCUUGGAUCUACUCCUGGAGAUGCAGGACUACUACAAACACGUCACUGGAUCUUACUUUGAAAUUGAUAUCUACGGCUCGGGCCCCGAGCAAAAGCCCAUUAAACGAGCGUACCUGGGACGACGCAACCACACCAGUGCUCAAUCCGGCAAUUCUACACAUCGACGUCACCGACGGCAAAGAGCACGGCGUUCACUCCUACAAAAAUCCAGCAGGGACAACAACAACUUGAAAAGAUCAUAUGCUAAUGCCACCAAGAUCUUCACCUCCAAAGCAGCCUUUCGGGAGCAUAUUGACAAAAUCAAAGAGUCCAUCCGCAAGGAAGACCCCUGGCGCAAUUUCAAAGAAUCCUUCACCUUCUCGGAGUUACCGCAAACCUUUCAUGAAUGGCGCCGCCAGCCGAUACCCGCCACGUUUCCAGGACGGGUGGAUCAUGCCAGUCUUGGGCAGAAUGCUCAAUACAAAAUCUUUGUGAAUCCAUCCGUAUCGGAAGUUUUGUGCACGACAACGGCAGAAGCAUUGGCCAUGGGCAAGUUCGCCAUUGUCCCUGUGCAUCCCUCGAACGCCUUCUUCCUGAAGUUCCCCAACUGCUUGGCGUAUCGCAAUAAGCUCGAGUUUGCCGCCAAUCUGCAGUGGGCGCUGACACAUGAGCCGGAACCAUUGACGCCAGAACUGGCGCAUGAAUUCACCUGGGAGGCUGCAACGGAUCGGUUCUUGGAUGCGUCUGCUGUGACUUGGAAGGAAGCUCGAGAACGUGAAGAGCUUGGUUUGAGCAAACGGGACGAACGCAUUGCUUGGUUCUUCAAUGAGUUGGGCAAGGGACCCAAGGGUGACAUCAUUCGUUUGGUCCUGGGUGGUGGCCCCGUGUCGGCGCAAGACAAGUACACGAAGAGUUUGUUGGAAAAAGAAAGCAAACUCGUGGAAGGCGAUGAAGACGUACACGACGAAGCUCAAGGGGUCGAAGAAGAGGACGACGAGGACGAAGGGUUGACAAAGAAGUUUUCUCAGUCCUCGUUUGUGAAGGCCCUUCAAGCAACCGUAGCCAAUGGUCUUCCAGCAACCGUUGUUGGAGGAGGAGGAAUCUAA